UCGAUGAUAUACUAUCUCCAAAAACUCCUUUGUUAAUGGUGAAUUGGCCCAUGUUUUCGUCUUGUACUUAUCUUUCUCUCUUUGCAAACAAACAAACAAGGUGAGAGUUGAAACAUCCUAAGCUGGAAAAAUGCUGAAACAAACAGUUCAAAGGUUGGGAGGAUGCAUAUCAGCAUCAAGAAGAAAAGGUGAUGUUCAUAUGAAAUGGAAGAAACACUUAUUUGGCAAUUGGGUGAGAAGCAUGAGCAGCAAGCCCCAAAGUAAUGACAACAGGUCAACCUCGUACAGUGUUCCAAAGGAGAGAGUGGAGUGCGUAGUGAUAGGGGCUGGUGUUGUUGGCAUAGCAGUGGCAAGAGCUCUAGCACUCAAGGGCAGGAAAGUGUUGGUCGUAGAAUCAGCCCCCACCUUUGGAACUGGGACCAGUUCCCGAAGCAGUGAAGUUAUUCAUGCUGGAAUCUAUUACCCUGCCAAUUCUUUCAAGGCAAUUUUUUGUGUAAGGGGAAGAGAUAUGUUAUAUGAGUAUUGCUCCCAGCAUGAUAUUCCACAUAAACAAAUUGGUAAGCUUAUAGUGGCUACUAGAUCUUCUGAGAUUCCAAAGCUAUGUGAUAUUUUAGAUCGUGGGAUUCAAAAUGGGGUUGAUGGUUUGAAGAUGGUGGAUGGUGUUGAUGCCAUGAAAAUAGAGCCUGAAUUGCAAUGCAUGAAAGCAAUACUAUCACCUGUCACUGGGAUUGUUGAUUCUCAUUCAUUAAUGCUUUCUUUAGUGGGGGAAGCUGAAAAUCAUGGAGCAACCUUCACGUACAAUUCAACAGUCAUUGGCGGCCAUGUCGAAGGGAAUGAUAUUUGUGUUCAUGUGACAGAAACUGACCGUCUUAAAGAAUGGAAAGGAACAUCAAUUUUGCAUCCAGAACUACUACUAAGUUCUAAACUCAUUGUGAACUCUACUGGCCUAAGUGCCCCUGCCCUUGCAAAUAGAUUUCGUGGCCUAAAAAGUGGAGUUGUUCCUCCUUCUUACUAUGCACGGGGUUGCUACUUUACCUUAUCUAAUACUAAAGUCUCUCCGUUUAGACAUUUGAUAUAUCCUAUACCAGAGGAUGGUGGCAUUGGAGUGCAUGUUACUAUAGACUUGAAUGGUCAGGUCAAGUUUGGCCCAAAUGUUGAAUGGAUUGACAGUGUUGAUGAUAUCUCAAGCUUUCAGAAUAAGUUUGAUUAUUCGGUGAAUCCAAAUCGUGCUGAACGAUUUUAUCCAGAGAUAAGAAAAUAUUACCCAAAUCUAAAGGACGGUUCUCUGGAACCUGGAUAUUCAGGGAUCAGACCUAAACUUUCGGGACCUUCACAGCUACCUGCUGAUUUUGUUAUACAGGGAGAGGAAAUUCAUGGAGUACCUGGUCUUAUUAAUCUUUUCGGAAUAGAGUCACCUGGUCUAACAUCAAGCAUGGCUAUUGCAGAAUUUAUCUGUACAAGAUUCGUGGGAUGAUUGGCAUAAAGCGAGAAACAUGAAGAUAAGACAACACUAAAAACAUGAAGAAAACUGAUUGCAUCAUAUGGAACUACUCGGAGAA